CGAAUAUGUGAAUGCGAUGGUGAAUGGUAUCCCAGCCGUGAGGUCAAACUAUCCAAUCCUGGUGGAGACUCUCAUGAGAGACGUUUACGGGGACUGGAAGGCAGAGUCCUUUCCGAAGCCUCUGCCACGUGAUGAGGCGGGUCCGGGAGGGCCAGGUGGUCGGCAGAGAAGGUACCUUUGGAUUGAUGCAUUUGGAGUCCUCAACUUCGUCACUUUGUCGGAACGCUUCCCUGACCGGGCGAACGAAUUGCUGGGCGCAGCGGGAACUCUCAUCAAGACCGUUCAUGAGACACUGGGGACUCCUCGGAGUAGCGAAUUUCCUAUGCUUGUUGACCCCGAUCGUCCCGGCUGCUAUAAAGGCCUGAGAAUUGGGAAGUUGCAUGCACGUUGUAACAGUGAUGCUGGCAUGCAGUUUGACGGUAUGUACUGGCACUAUAUCGACAAGUGGCUGUUUGCACUCAUUCGCUAUCACCAAGCGACCAAAUCAACAGAUGCCCUCGAGCAUGCUAUUAGAAUCGUCAAGAACGUCCACCUGUAUUUCUGCGUCCCAGGCCGAGGCAUGCGCUGGAAGGUGAAUACGGACAUGAAGUCGAUCGCUGGUCUAGGAGAAGCCCAUCCGAAUCAUGACGCUCAGACAGCAUUCAUUAUCUACACUCUUAUCGAUAGUUUCCGCCCAGGAGUUCUCGAGAGGGAAUUGGCUGACUUGGCGCGACCUUUUCAAGCAUACUACCAAGUAGCUGCUGAAUGUGUGUCAAGUGACCCCUUAGGCUACGGUUUGACAUGGUGGACGAACCAGUUUCUACGAGGCCCUGAGGCUGAGCGAGAGAGAGAAGCCCUCAUCGAGAUCGCUCCGCUUGCCCUGGAUCGCCGUUUUGGAAUUUCUCUUCCUUUCCGUCUAUAUGGAGCACUUCUUGGAGGACAGAUGAGCAGAGUCUCCUCCAUAAUAGACAAUUGCGCGAAGAUGAUCGAAACAUUGAUCCCCAAAGAAACGUCAACUGUUUGCGGCGAUGUUGAACACUCUGCUAUCAACAAGGUUAUGUUCGCUGCGGCCCUAUGCCCUGAUGAAUGGGUCAAACACGAAGACGAUCCGAGCGUAGGCUGA